GUCGGUGCGCAGGGCCUCCUCGGCCAGGCAGCGGGCGGCCAGGCUGCGCCACACCUCGCUGUUCUCGUCGCCGUGCAGGACGCGGUGCCACAGCUUGCAGACCAGCGCGCAGCUCCGCAGCUCCCGCAGCUCCAGGGGUGUCCCUGCAGCAUGGCAGCUAAGUGGAGCGGUGGGCAUUCCUCCUCUGUCCUGUGCCUGACCGUGAGCGCGGAAGGGCUGGUGGCCUCCGGCGCGGAGCGGGGCGAGCUGGCGCUCUGGGAUGGGGGAGGCUCGCCCGUGGCUCAGCUGCGGCUCCCGCAGGCGGAGGACGUGACCUCGGUGGUGUUCUCCGCCCGCCGGCCCAGCACGCUGUACACGUCCCACGGAGAAAGCAUUAGCGUGCUGGAUGUACGCUCCCUCCAGGAGCCCCUGCAGCGCUUCCACGUGAACGAGGAGGAGAUCAACUGCCUCUCGGUGAACGACACCGACAGCUUCCUGGCUGCGGCCGAUGACUCGGGGGCCAUAAAGGUUGUGGACUUGGAGAGCAAGAAAGUCAGCCGGUCUUUGAGACACUCCAACAUCUGCUCGUCUGUUGCCUUCCGACCUCAGCGGCCUCAAAGCCUGGUUUCCUGUGGACUGGACAUGCAGGUGAUGCUGUGGAACCUGCAGAAAGUUCGUCCCUUGUGGAGCACGAACCUGCAGGAGUGUGAGAUGGAUGAAGAGAGCCCGCAGUCAGCCGGGCAGUUUUUCAACCCGCCACUCGCACAUUCCCUGUCCGUGGCCUCCUGCGGAAACAUCUUCGGCUGUGGAGCUCAGGACGGUAAAGUCCGGCUGUUCCGAGUCACCGGGGCCAGGUUUGAGCGUGAGCUGGAGUUCCAGGCACACAGCUUGGGAGUCUCACAGGUGCUCUUUAUGCCUGAGGGGUACUCGUUGUUGUCUGGAGGAAACGAUGGGAAAGUUUUGCUCUGGGAUGUCAGCAGCAACGUUGGGAAGCAGCAGAAAAGUCCAGCAAAAUCUCUGCACAAGAGGAAGGCCCAAGCAGCUGCUUGCAGCAGAAAGGAUGGGAAGCUCAACAAAGCAGCCUCAAAUGAACACCCUGGAGUUGUGCCAAAGCUCAGCAUUGAGCACGGAGAGAAGGUGAACUGGCUCUCGUGUGCAGAGAUCAAAGGCUCCAGGAGAGUGUUGGUUGCUGACCAGAGCAGCUCUGUAUCAGCCUAUCCAUUGCCAGAGCCUUAAGGCAGCCAGGUGCUUACAGAUGUCUGGGGGAUAAAACCACUUCUCAGAGCCAGUUACAUCCACUGACAGUGAACUGGACAGUGAACCUCUCUGGGUUCCUGGGAAGGGAAAGAGAUUUGCUGUGCACCAGGGAUGUCCCUGGCCUUGUGCUGGUUCUUUGUGGCUGUUAUGUUCACAGCCACUCUCUUGCAGGGUUGGCAGCUUGCUGCUUGAAUUUAAGUGAAACGGGUCUCUGUAUUUAGGGGUAACAUUAGUUCAUGGCUAAGCUGACAUAAUUAAGGCUGGAGAAGAAAAUUAGUGCUCAGGAGACACCCACAAUGCAAAGGGAGGCUGCUGAGCAGCAGCAGGGCUGUCACUGGCUCAGAUUUAUGUGGUUUGGGCUGUUGCAGUGCACUGUGUGACUUCUCCCAUGAAGCUGUGUCCCAGUUGGCUUAAAGUGGAAUCUGGUUUUCAUCACACUCUGUCAGCAGCUGCAUAGACUAGAGAUGCAUCAAUUAACGAGUAAUCAAAUGAGUUUCCCUGUGGUUGCCAACUGAAUUUUUUUCACUGCAGCAAAAGAAGGAGCAGGGGAACUGUUACACCUGUUUGCUGGGUCAGCUGUCAGUUAGUUGUGUAUCCCAGGGAAAAAGAACUAUUACACUUGUCUUAAUAAAUGCUUUCUCUCUCA